AAAUGGGUUUCAUCAACAAUAUGCUGUGUUUCCACGUGCUAGUCGCCUUCCUGGCGACGGGCGACGGCUCCUUGACCCCCAUAAUAAAACCUUUCCUGUCCAUGCUCGACGCAAAAAAUAGGGGGGCACCCGUAGCACCAGUCAUCGUACCGAAAGCAGCCACUCCCGAUGCCCCUGUAAAAUCAAAAAUGACACGCGUCUUCACCCCUCGCAUGGACGAAUCAUCAAAAUUAAUGAAUAGGGUGGGAAAAAAUGACGAUGACCAAUUUGCCUGGCCGUUAAGGUCCGAUGUACCCAAGAUAAUGGUCACUCCUUUGAAGAAAGGUCUCGUAGACGGUAAUAAAAUGUAUAUGGAUACGAGAACCGCGAAUAUGAUUCCCACGAUAAUGGUCAGCCCUUUGAGGAAGGGCCCCGUAGACGGUGGCAAAAAGGCCAUGGAUAUGAGAACCGGGGAUAUGAUACCCAAGAUAAUGGUCAGCCCUUUGAAGAAAGGUCUCGUAGACGGUGGCAAAAUGUCUAUGGAUAUGAGAACCGUGAAUAUGAUACCGACGAUAAUGGUCAGCCCUUUGAAGAAAGGUCUCGUAGACGGUGGCAAAAAGGCCAUGGAUAUGAGAACCGGGGAUAUGAUACCCACGAUAAUGGUCAGCCCUUUGAAGAAAGGUCCCGUAGACGGUGGUAAAAUGCCUUUGGAUAUGAGAACCGGGGAUAUGAUACCCAAGAUAAUGGUCAGCCCUUUGAAGAAAGAUCUCGUGGACGGUGGCAAAAAGGCCAUGGAUAUGAGAACCGGGGAUAUGAUUCCAAAGAUAAAGGUUCAGCCUCUGAACGAAGGAUUGACAGGUAUGAAUCGGGGUUUUAUGAUUCCUCAGUCAAAUUGGGGUCCUAAACGAAUGAUUGUGAAACCGUUCAAAAAUAUGAAUAUGUUUGACAAAGGUAUGAAUAUCUUUGAUAAUUCGAAUUCUAAUGAGCUGGCCUGGAAAGGGCUCGACAUGUUGGACGAAGACUAUGACGACGCAACUCCGGAAGAUUUCGAUCGUAUCCUGAUUAUUGCACCUAUAAAGUCGCGUUCCCGAACAAGCUUCCGCACUAAAGACGGGCCCCGCAAGCGCAUGUUGAGGCAAGGGUACGACACUAUGAGGAGUGGAGACUGCCCGUUCUGUAACGACAAUUUUGUUGGUUGAUGCUGCUGGAAAAAUAUCACGUUGCAAAUACUUUCAUUAUAGGGCCUUUAUUCAAAAUACAGAGUUUACAUUUGA